UGAAUUGCAGAGUACUUACGCCAUUUUAUUAGAUGUAAUAUGUAAAUUGUUUUUAAUAAAUGUCAGGUAUAUUUGAGCAACUGUCUUACUGUAGUAAUGAAAAUACCUAAUGAAACUAGCAAAAAUUGUAAACCAAAAUGCAGGAUUUCAAUUACUUGACUGAUAAUAAUGUAAUAGGGUACCACGUGCAUUGUCCGCAAGGUUUAAGACCUAUUAUGAAAAGGUCUGAAGUUUUACCGACUCCAAAUAUCGAAAAUGUGCCGGCUGAGUUAUUAGUGAAUACGCUAUCCUGUGAAGACGUGCGAAUGUAUACUUUUGCUAAUAAAAACCUUAAUUCUCCUCAAUAUUGUUGGGACUCGUAUGUUGAUUUAUUUCGUAAUAACGAACGUGAUUGGAAAGCAGCACUUCAGCAACCUAAAGACUGUUUAUGGUCAUCUGAAUUAACUUCCACAAAUCCACAUUUAUCGACAUUCGAAAUGUUAUCAGUACGAGAAUAUGAACGCAAAGUUAUGCACGUCACAAACGAAAUUCAACAGGAAUGCGUAUGCGUUGUUAACAGCACCUACAGUAAAAUAGUCGAACAUGACAAGGAAAGUAACCAGAAUAAUAAGAGGGUUAAUGUCCAUGCCCCUUGUUUUUUCCCCAGAUCUCAAACGUUCUUAAACGAAUGUACAAAGCCAUACGUUAAGAACGCUGUUGUUCCAUAUUCCGUCGAAAAAAAUGAUUGUUGUAAGGAAAAUCAUUUAGGAAAGCCUUAUUUCUCUAAGGAAGAAAUCGCUUUGUUGAAUAAAACCCUAUUAGGUCUCGAAACGGAGACAACACUGUCAUCCUCCAUAAAUAAGUUUCAAUCUAACGAAAUUAAAAUUUGUUACCAAGAGAAGCAAGUAAAAGAGAAAUACAUAUUGCAAAGUUUGUUUCAAAAGGUUUUGUGUUAUAUGAAGCAAAUAUAUCCGUUUUUAACGAGAGAAAAGAAAUUAGCAUUGGUGCAGUUGGCUAAUCAGAACAACACGACUGUUUUCGAUCAAUUGAAAUGGUUCGGAUACAGAUGUAUUUUGUCAGUAGAAGAAAAAGAUGAAGACACUGAAUGCUCUUUGUUCGAAGAGAAAAUGAAGAGCAGUCUUGCAAUGGAUCUGUUGGACAAUUCUGUUGUUUGUUGUAGAAUAAUACAAUCGUGCAAUAUGAAUUUUUUGAAUUCUAACCGUGCUAGAAUGGAAUAUACCCGCAGUUUUAGCAAUAACUGUAAUUACGGACAUUGAUCUGUUUUUUACUGCAUAUCUAAGUAUAAAUUACAAUAAUGUACUUACUAGAUUUGCGAAUUUUAUAAGUAUUUGUUCUCGAAUUUUUGUUAAUGUCUCUAUAAUUACCUUCUUUUAUAAUAUCUAAUAAUUAACACA